AUGAGCACCCUCCCGUUUCUACCUGCCAACCUCACCCACCUUGUGUUUGUGGUGGAUCAUGCUCCAGGUCACUCCUUCCAACCAGAGCCGCCAAAAAUGAGACAGUCUAGCAGACGCCGAAGUUCCAUAUCUACCAAGAGUGACGAAAUGGAUAGCAGCAACUUUAGCGUUAGCAGUGCCAGUCCUGCUAUUAGUAGUAUGGAGAGCUGGCUCGGUAUCAGCAGUAGCGAUACCAGCAUCCAGCAGGCCAUGGUGCAACACCGUGGAGGCUGGAUUCGUGACAGCAUGAAGAGCGCACCAAAAAAACCCCGAAGAAGGAACACCCCCCCAGCAAGUCCUGAGGCUCCCAUGGAGGAUCAUCAGAAGCCCCAAAGACGAGGAUCCAUGGAGUGUCAUCAGAAGCCGCAAAGGCGAGGAUCUUUGGUUCGUGCAGUUUCGCACAUUAGCACUGUGGCUUCCAUCCACAAGAGCGGUCUCACAUUCUGA